CCCAAGUCCAGUUUCUUUUGACAGCUCUGCCACCUUUCCAUCACCAUGGGGGAAUGGACCAUUUUGGAGAGGCUGCUGGAGGCGGCUGUCCAGCAGCACUCUACCAUGAUUGGAAGGUGGCCAGAAAAAGGAGACCAAAGGGAUGUCCGUGUUGCUCUGUUUCUGCUGGAUAUGAUCCUGCUGACAGUGGUGGUGAUUUUCCGUAUCCUGAUAGUAGGCAUAGUGGGGGAGAAGGUAUAUGAAGAUGAGCAAAUCAUGUUCAUUUGUAACACCAUGCAGCCCGGCUGCAACCAGGCUUGUUAUGACAAGGCCUUCCCCAUCUCGCACAUCCGCUACUGGGUCUUUCAGAUCAUCUUGGUGUGCACGCCCAGCCUGUGCUUCAUCACAUAUUCUGUUCACCAGUCUGCUAAAGCACGUGACCGAAGCUACUCUCUCCUGCAUCCUUACAUGGACCACCAUGGUCACGGUCACCACGGUCGCCAUCAUGACCAUCAUGCUCGCAAGCUUCACUCGCGCAACAUCAACGGCAUCCUGGUGCACCCUGACAGCAGUAAGGAGGAUCAUGACUGCCUGGAGGUCAAGGAGAUCCCAAACGGACCCCGGGGAUUCCCUCAAACACACAAGAGUUCCAAAGUGCGACGACAGGAAGGCAUCUCCCGUUUCUAUGUCAUCCAGGUGGUGUUCCGCAACGCGCUGGAGAUCGGAUUCUUGGCUGGCCAGUACUUUCUGUACGGCUUUAAUGUGCCAGGGAUGUUUGAGUGUGAUCGCUACCCAUGUGUGAAGGAGGUGGAGUGUUAUGUGUCACGUCCCACAGAAAAGACCGUGUUUCUGGUCUUUAUGUUUGCAGUAAGUGGCAUAUGUGUGCUGCUCAACCUGGCUGAGCUCAACCACCUCGGCUGGAGGAAGAUAAAGACGGCCAUGCAAGGGGUGCAGGCCCGAAGGAAGUCCAUCUGUGAAGUACGCAAGAAGGAUGUUUCACACCUGUCCCAGACCCCAAACCUGGGCAGGACCCAGUCUAGUGAGAUCAGCAUGGCAAACAAAGGUCCUUCCUAUGGUCUGAGCCGUGAGGUACAGAGCAAGAUUGAUAAGAAAUACGACCCGGAACUGGAGGAAAGGUUGGUGGAGUGGAUCAUCACCCAGUGCGGCUCUGGAGCUGGCCGGCCUAAGCCAGGCAAGACCGAAUUCCAAAACUGGCUCAAGGAUGGAUGUCUGCUUUGUGAGCUCAUCAACAGCCUGUCCGGACCUAACAAGCCGAUCAAGACCAUCAAGAGUUCCGGCAUGGCAUUUAAGCAGAUGGAACAAAUAUCCAUGUUCCUUAAAGCUGCAGAAAACUAUGGAGUCACCAAAACUGACAUGUUUCAGACUGUAGACCUCUUUGAAGGCAAGGAUCUGGCUGCUGUCCAGAGGACCCUGAUGGCUCUGGGUAGUUUGGCUGUCACAAAGAAUGAUGGGUGUUACAAAGGAGACCCGAGCUGGUUCCAUAAGAAGUCCCAGGAGAACAGGAGAGAUUUCUCAGAGGAACAGCUGACCGAAGGCAGAAAUGUCAUCGGCCUGCAAAUGGGCACAAAUAAAGGAGCAUCUCAAGCUGGAAUGACAGGCUACGGACGACCCAGGCAGAUCAUCAACAAUAAUCCAUGAAUCCGAGCAGUGCUUAAACCCUCCUCCAAGACACUCCUUCUGCUGCCCACUGAAAUUUCAGCGAGGACGGAGAAACUCUGACUCUGACUCUACGGCCACGAGGAGAAAUGUAACUUGACUGUUUUUAAGACUAAACUGGACCAAAACACGGACCAAACAAGAACAUGUGCACAUAUAGAUAACAUACUUCAUGUUGAGCACACAUACCGAACAUAAAUAGAUACCUUUAACAGUACAAGUAAAGAAUUAGACGGAGCAUUUUACAUAGUAAACUGUAAAUAUUUUUUAUUAAAGGGUCAUUCCAGUUGUUUUGCAUGUAUUAACCCACUACCUAAAAAUCUAAUUUGUGUUACAUUACUGCAAAUCAUAAGAUUUUAGAUUGCCUAACCUACAGACCUUGUGAGUUUUCACUUAAUUUCAGUUCACUUUAAAAAUCAACUUGCAGACACUUGUAACUUGCUAGAGAGAAGUAAUUCAUCACAUUCAACAUUUAGUUUGUUUUAUCCUUCAACAGCUGCAUAAUUGCAGCAUGCAGCCAGGAAGUCUCCCUGAUGACACAUUCAAGGACACUCAGAUGUCUGAGAAUUUAUAAUGGAUGAACCAUCCAAUUACCAUUAUUUAUGUUAAACAUUGUUUGCUUCUUGGUUAUUUGCCAGCAUUGCUCUUCUGACAACGUAGAGCUGUCAAGUCUUGGACAUUACCACCAAGGAGAGUUUAGAAAAUCUUUACAUAAACAGAACAAAACAGCUAUAAUGCAACUUUAACAAUAAAAUAUGAUAAAGAGAAAAAUGACCUAAUUGUUAAAUGUGAUAGAUGGCCCAUCUCUAGGGUUUGGGGUAGAGUUAGUUUUAAUUUUCAUUUAUGGUGUACUGGAAUUAACUAAAACAAGUGGCAGCCUGGAAGGUAAGAAGUGUAGAGUGAUGUGGUUUACAAUAAUGUUAAGCUCAAAAUCUAAUAGAUUACAGCAAGCAAAUCCAAGCAGUCAUAUGUAAUCUGAGAAAGUGAAUUGCCUGGUUUAAAAAAAAAAAAAAAAGAAAUUUUAUGAAAAACAUAAAAUACAGUCAUGUGUGUUUUACCUGCUCCGUAAUACAAUCAGCAGUUAGAUACUCCCAUCUAACUAAUUUCUAAUCAAAAAUGUUGUUCUUUUUAGAGUUGAAUUCAUCAUAUAUAAUGACAAUGGUUUUGAAAUAAAGGUCGAUUUACAUGUAAA